GCGGGAGCUGCGCUGGCCAGGGGUUCCGGCUGUAUUUCUGUGAGCGCAGCCGGCAGCCGCGGAGCUGCGGGAAUCGGACUCCGGGCUAGCUGCACCGCUGGAGUCAACGAGCGCAGCUUUUAGGUUAAUUUGAAUACAAGAUCAGAUCUGACUGGCCCAAGUGUUCAACUCGUCAAGGAAAAUCCACAUUCUCCAUUCGUGAGAGGAAUAACAACAUAGAGCAAGAUGAAUGCCAUGCUGGAGACCCCCGAGCUCCCCGCCGUGUUUGACGGGGUGAAGCUGGCUGCCGUAGCUGCUGUUCUCUACGUCAUCGUGCGGUGUUUGAACCUGAAGAGUCCCACUGCCCCUCCUGACCUCUACUUCCAGGACUCCGGGCUCUCACGCUUCCUGCUCAAAUCCUGUCCUCUUCUGACCAAAGAAUACAUCCCACCACUGAUCUGGGGGAAAAGUGGACAUAUCCAAACAGCCUUGUACGGGAAGAUGGGAAGGGUGAGGUCACCACACCCCUACGGGCACCGCAAGUUCAUCACCAUGUCAGACGGAGCCACUUCUACAUUCGAUCUCUUCGAGCCCUUGGCGGAGCACUGUGUUGGAGAUGACGUCACCAUGGUCAUCUGUCCUGGAAUUGCCAAUCACAGCGAGAAGCAGUAUAUCCGAACCUUUGUUGACUAUGCCCAGAAAAAUGGGUACCGGUGCGCAGUGCUAAACCACCUGGGAGCCCUACCCAACAUUGAGCUGACCUCCCCACGCAUGUUCACCUAUGGCUGCACGUGGGAAUUUGGAGCCAUGGUGAACUACAUCAAGAAGACAUAUCCCCAGACCCAGCUGGUCGUCGUGGGCUUCAGCCUGGGCGGUAACAUCGUGUGCAAAUACCUGGGGGAGACACAGGCAAACCAGGAGAAGGUCCUGUGCUGUGUCAGCGUGUGCCAGGGGUACAGCGCGCUGAGGGCCCAGGAGACCUUCAUGCAGUGGGACCAGUGCCGCCGGUUCUACAACUUCCUCAUGGCCGACAACAUGAAGAAGAUCAUCCUGUCCCACAGACAAGCUCUCUUUGGAGACCAUGUUAAGAAACCCCAGAGCCUGGAGGACACGGACUUGAGCCGGCUCUACACAGCAACAUCCCUGAUGCAGAUUGAUGACAAUGUGAUGAGAAAGUUCCACGGCUAUAACUCCCUGAAGGAAUACUAUGAGGAAGAAAGCUGCAUGAGAUACCUGCACAGGAUAUACGUGCCUCUUAUGCUGGUUAAUGCCGCUGACGACCCCUUGGUGCACGAAAGCCUUCUGACCAUUCCAAAGUCUCUCUCAGAGAAACGGGAGAACGUCAUGUUUGUGCUGCCUCUGCAUGGGGGCCACCUGGGCUUCUUCGAGGGCUCCGUGCUGUUCCCUGAGCCACUGACAUGGAUGGAUAAGCUGGUGGUGGAGUAUGCCAACGCCAUUUGCCAGUGGGAAAGGAAUAAGUCCCAGUGCUCAGACACGGAGCAGAUGGAGGCCGAGUUCGAAUGAGGCCUUCGGACUCUGGCGUGCUCCUGCAGCCCUCCUCUGGAACCCGCGGCUGUUUCAGGUCUCCCAUAUCCCUCAGUGACCUGGAUCUGACCUCAUACCAUCAGUGGCCCCCCCCCCCCCCCCAUCAUGCAACCUGUCUUAAGUAGGCGGCUCUUCCUGGGAGCUCCAGGCUAUUUUUGUGCUUAGUUACGGGUUUUCUCCGUUGCGUUGUUAGCCAUGGUGACAAGUUACAAGAUUCUCACCCUUCUGUCCAGCUUCAGAGUCUGAUUGCUUUCACGCCAGUUGUAUCUAGUUUUCCUAUUAAGGACCGCAUCUGAGCUGCGGUUUUGCUUUGCCAAUCAAAAGGCCUCUCUUUGAGAACCAUGAAGGAUGUAUGUCACUUGGUGAUGGUUGUAUGUGCCCUCAUAGAGUCCCCAACAGGAAGUCAGCAUCUCUCACCAAUGCUGAAGAAAGGACUUAGCUUUGGAAGUUUGAGAGCCUGGUGCCUCCUGGGCCUGAAUUUUGCCACUGAAACAAAAGAAAUUUCUUGAGUCUAAAGCCAGUUCCUUCUCACCGUCUUCCUGAGACACUUUCCUCCCGCCUUGCUGCUGCUGCUGAGAGUUGCGUGGGGCACUUGUCUAAAAAUUCAGCCUCUCCAAUCCCUCCCCUCGGAGAGGCUGAUUCGGUGGACUUGGGGAGGGGUCUGGGGAUUUUAAUUUUUGACAAGUGCCCCAGGGAAUUCUCAUCACCCAGCAAACUGAGGGAAACCCCAUACUGUAAUACAGCCCCUUUAAAUUAGGAACAUCUUGGUGGCUCAUUUAAUUGACACUCAUAAGCCACAGUGUCUCUUUGCUCCCAGAGACCUCCGAAGCGCACUGUCUGUUGUAUGACUCCCUUUGUGUGAUCUCAGUGCUGUGUCCCUAAAAGGGAGAGGACAUUUGGGUUGAGCCUUAGCUCUGCUUCUUCCCAGAUGUGUGACCCUGGAUAAAUCCCUUUGGACUUGACUCUCUUCCCCUAUUAAAUGGGGAACUUGGACCAGGUAGAUUGCUGAGAUGACCACCCUUUCUAAAGUCCAGCAACAAACUCGGUAUACUGAGGUUUGAGUGAACCUCCCUCUGGGGGAGCCUGGGAGCAAAUGACAGGGCUCGCAAUCUUUCUCCUUUCCCCAUUUCACAUAAAGAGAUUUAGAGUCUUAACCACUCACUUGUAAUUUUAGGUUUUCAUCCCAGGUCCAUGUCACUUUGGGUUUUGAUACCAAACAACUCAAAAGUUGGAUCUGAGUUUGGAGAAAUGUAUUUCCAGCUGAGAGGGCAGGGUAUUCUUUUGAAGUCCGCAUGUGGUUCAGUAGCCUCUGUGUGUUGUCUAUUGGGUGAGGCUUCCCAAGCUGUCUGCUCGAGUGGGCGCGACACUCUGGGGUUCAAGUCCUCUUCUCUUAUCCUUGUGGCACUUGAAUCCCUGAGAACCUUCACUUUGAAAAAUCUGCAGUUGCUCUCUGGAAUUAAAUGGACCUGUGGAUGAAUUGCCUGGAUACUGUUAAAAAACAUAUAUUUUUUUUCUCUGCUUCAUCUUCUUUGGCUCCAGGACUGAAUGAAAUACAGUACUGGGUCUGUGUGGAUAUUUAUGGAGCCACCUGUACCCCCGAAUGCCAGUCCUCAGGGCUGCAGGUGCAAUAGAGACUGUGACAGGAAUGUCUGUAAACUGCAGAGCUGCUCCCUGACAAUCACUAGGUCACCCAUAACAUCCUGAAUGGACAUUCUCCCAGAACACUGAGAUGUCUGAGGUCCCCAGUUUCCUUUGCUCUUCACGCUCCACAAACUCUGUCACCGUGUCCCGCCAAUGGUUGUCAUUUUUCUGUUGCUUUUUUUUUUUUUUAUGUUCCCUUGGCACAGAUUGGCACUUUAUCAUCCAUCCCUCAAUUUGGAAGCUAACUCCUCUCUGUCAGUUUUCUCUCCGCCCAACUGCAGCUGUUAGGAAACUCACAGAGUUCCUGCUGCUGCCUUUAUCCCUUAAGACUUGGAAAGAAAGCCAUAAGGGAAUAGAGUUGUCGCCAUCCCUAGUAAGGGGCUCCCUCCAUUUGCCUGAGGUUCUCUCUUUCCAAGUCCUGACUAAGCAGUAGCUUGGGUACCACCUACUCCACAGAAAAGUCGCCCUGUUGCCACACCCAGGAAGAUGUGGGGGACUGUCCUGGGAGCCUGAUCUUUGCAGCAGGCCUGGAGGCCCACCAAAGAGAGGCAGAGCUGGGGCGCAACACACCACUGGAAGUCCAGCCCCUAGGACUGGGGGAGGGGACUUGUGCCAGCUGCAGCCGCCAGUGUGUGGCUCUGAAUGGCACUGGCGUUCCAUUUUGCUUCUCGUGAAAUCAACUGGAGCUCUUUAUUCCAGCUCCGGGCCCUCAGGCAUGGAAAUGAGACCGUGGCCAUGGCAGUCUGACAGGAGAAUUCUUGUUGGCUCCUGAAUGAGAGCACAGAAGCAUGAAUGUGGAGGUGGCAGCUUGCCUAAUGAAUGAGGGGACAGCCCUUUAUGCAGGUCAGCCCCUCUCCUUCCUCUGCCGUUCCCUUGCUUUCUUUCCAAAGUCAUCCACUUCUAAUGAUGAUGUGAAUUGCCCGCUGGCUCUCAAGGACUGACUUGAACCAAAGGCUGAAGUUGUGGAGAACAUUUGAAUAUUCUGUCUUAAAAAUCAAGAAUGUAAGUUAUAGAGAACUAGACAAGUCUAUGGCAGGAAUCGCAUUAAAACCCAAGUGCGGAAGGCACCGCAUUACCCUAGUUAUGAUCCCUCCCUCCCAAAUAAUUGGAGGACAUUGUCUUCGGUCAAAUUAGCUUGGAAAAAAAUAAAUGAUCAAGACCGUGUAGUUAGCAGGGAGGUUCCCAGGCUUGAGAACCUGUUUUUACUGCGAUGGCUUUGCAUCGUCCACCCCUAAGCAGAAGGGCGACGGGAAGUUUGCCAUACUGUCCGUAUUCUUUUCAUUUCUGUGGCGUCUCACAGUUACAGGGGACCUUAGGAGCUCCUGAGAUGUUCCCGAAAGGGAGGUCUUCCUUCGUUCGCAUGGCAUUCCAUUACCAGGGUCAGGAAGCCUGUCUUCUCGUCCCCAGUGGCUCUGACUCAUGUUGCAUCAUCUCUAAAACUGCUUCGUCCACUUCCGGAUCAUUUGCUCAGUCGCUGCUAACCAUUGUCUGAAGCUGCGGGUAGAAACAGGUGACUCGCGACCCCUAAGCUCUUCUCUCCAAGGGGCGUGCCCAUUCAGCUUUUCCUAGUUAGGACCCUGGACAGAGUCCAAAGCCAUCUUAGCCUCUCUUCCUGUCUUCCUCGCCAUUCUGAGGGUGGUCCUGUGACCGUGACAGGCAAAGCACGGACAAUUGCUAGAACUCCUUCCUGUGCAGGCUGAUUCUGAACCCAGGCUGCCCUCAGCUGAGCCUUCUGGGUAGCUGAGCUGAGGCUGGCAUCCGGAUGAGAGCUCUCUUUGUAAGUGGCUGACUUGAGGUAGAGUUUGCCAGCUCUGGGGACACAAGCACGUGUGUUCUUGUUUGUGUUUGCCCCGGAAGCAGGUGCUGGAGAUGGGGGAGGCUUCUCUUUUCCCAUGGCCUUGAUUCUGACUUUGAGUGACAGUUUGGACAGAAGAAGAAAUUGGAAAAACAAACAAACAAAGUGGAGUUGGAAGGUCCUGGGUUUCCUCAGGAAAGUUGUUAGGGAGCAUGUCACUUGGGCGUCCGGUCACAGUCUCACCUGGAACUGUUUUCCUUACCCAGAAAGCCUUAACUUGCCUCUAGAAAAUCCCCUGGUAUGACAACACUGUGGUGGAAGAAUUCAAACUCUUUUGCUUUGAAAGUUUGAAGCCAAGCCACAGUCAACCAGAGAAUUUCCUCAGGUGGCCCGGAGGCUCCUGUGAUGCCCCCCCCCCACCUCUCACCCCCACCAACACGAGCGGUCAGGAACCGCCCCUCCACCUGUCUUCUUUGCCUUACUCUUCUCAAAACCACUUUGGAUCACUCGGAUGCUCGGCAUUGAGAUGGCAAGCGGUUGGGGGCCAGGCUUCUUCCACCUGGUAUCUAAACAAAGGACUGUGUCCCCUCCUCGUAAACCAGGACUGUUUGUCCUGCACUGUAGCUACAGCUCAGGACGCAGGAGCAGGCCUCUGCUGGCUAAGGAACCAGAACGGCACCCAGAGCAAAGGCUGCCCCGCCGGCCUGUCUCUGCUGCCCCCAGGUGCUUUGCGACAGCCCGGCAUCCUCUGGUCGUGGUCCUCAGAAGCAGGCCACACAGUCCGGCUUGCCAAAAGUCCCCAGACAUCCAGAACCUAGACCGCUGUCCCUUUUGGAAGAGUUGUCCUCUGUUUUCCAACUGUGUUCCUAGCUUGUGUGCAGGUAGAGCUUUCACCGAUGCCUAAUAAAGAAGUUGAAAUUAAUUUCUAAUUGGUAGAUUAAGUCUGACACCCUGAGUCUCGUGAAAAUUCUCAGCCUCUAACUAGACUCCUGUCAGCAAAAUCCAUAACCUUCUGUCUCCCCACUUCUGGUCCCCUUUAGCCAAGUAAUCUUCUAUUGCCAUAAACUGGGGACAGACAGGCCACUUCUGACACCUGCAGAAGUUCCCUCAGUCUAAGUGGGCAUUCUGCCCCCAGACCACACCCACAGAGCAGUCAACGUCGCCUAAAACAAUUGCCAACCUCCUUGGUCCCCAAGGCCAAUCACUGCUCUCUCAGGCUGCUCCCAUGAGGGAACCCAGUUCCUGGCGGAGGAGCUAGGCUCACUUUGGUCUCCAUUUUGGCCCCUUUAGUUUCCCUAAAGCACAAGUUGGUGUAGGAUGCUGUCACCUCCCCAUCCCCACCCCCGUUGUUCCAGGUGACCUGGGUCUCUCCCACAGCCUCAGGCAGACCUUCACUGUACCUGAGUUACUUUCCCCACUGCUGCGGCCUUAGUGACCCAGGGCGGAGCGGGGGAGGAGGCCAGUUCGCCUCCCUCCAUCCCCCCCCCAACUCCAACCAACCACAGUCUUACGUUGGCAGAACUGCUUCCAGAUUGAUUUUUGAGAACCAUCACUUUCACAUUCCUGAUUCUCGCUCAUUUCGUUUUGUUCUCUCUGGGUUUUACGGAACUCCAGAUGCUGCCCUGGAAAUACCGUAUUUUGGAGUCCAUGCUCUGAAAGCCCCUGCCUAUGCUGCUGCGUCUUUCGACUCCCCCAGCAUCAGGCGUUUCGGACUUGCACUUAGCAAUGCAACUUUUUCUAAAUACGAGGAUAUUUACCUUUAUUAAGAAAUUAUACUAAGCGACGGCGUCCUUGAUUGUUUUAUGUUCUCACGUUACUUUUGAUUCUACUUUGAUUCCGUGUGGUGGUGGACAACAAAGAUCAUUACAAACAAAAACUGUAAUUUUGUUAUCUUUGAUUCAAUGGAAUUUCUUUACUUAAAAUAAAGAGUAAAAAGUGUC